AUGACGCAUCUCAACCUCACUGACUGCUACUUUGCUAGUAAUUUCUCAUCUGAAAUCUCCCACUUAUCCAAACUAGUUUCACUUGAUCUCUCUUGGAAUUUUGACAUGAGAAUAGAAACGCCUAGUUUGAAAAGGCUUAUUCAAAACCUAACCCAUCUAAAUGAACUUGUUUUGGAUUUUGUUAACAUGUCUUCUGUUCGACCUAAUUCUUUCAUGAAUUUGUCUUCCGCUUUGACAUCUCUUCGUCUUUGUUAUUGUGGAUUGAAAGGGAGAUUCCCAGAUAAUAUAUUCCACCUUCCAAACCUCCAGCUGCUCUAUGUAUGUGGCAACUACAAUCUCACCGACCUUUCCAAAAACCAAAUCAAUGGUAGUAUUCCAACAUGGUUGUUGGAGGUGAAGACGGAUUCAUUGAGUUACCUGAAUCUUUCAUACAACUCCUUGGCAAGAAUAGGAAACCUUCCAUGGAAGAACUUGCAAGUUCUUGAUCUUCAUUCUAACUUGCUUGAAGAACCACUUCCAGUACCUCCGCUGCACACUUAUUUCUUUUCAGUCUCAAGGAAUAAUUUAACUAGAGAGAUCCCUCUCUUGAUUUGCAAUCUCAGUUCCCUCCAUUACCUUGAUUUGUCUUAUAAUCGCUUGAGUAACAAGAUUCCUCCAUGUUUGGGAAACUUAAGUAAUCAUCUCAUAGAUUUGGAUUUGCAAAGUAACAAUCUUCAUGGUACUAUCCCUUCAACAUUUGCAAAGGGCUGUUACUUGAGAAGUCUUAAACUCAAUGGCAAUCGAUUGGAAGGUUCAUUGCCACAAUCAUUGGUCCAUUGUAGAAAGUUGGAAGUUCUAGAUUUUGGUAACAACAAGAUUAAUGGAACCUUUCCUCUUUGGUUGGAAAAUCUUCCAAAGUUGCAGGUUCUUAUCUUGCGGACAAACAACUUUCAUGGUGCUAUAGGCAAUCCCAAGUACAAAUUCCCGUUCCCUAAUUUGCGAAUCAUUGACCUCUCUCACAAUGAGUUCCAUGGUCUGUUGCGAACAAACUUUUUCAAGUAUUUAAAAGCCAUGAAGAAUUCUAAUGCAGACAAAGGUGGAUUGAAAUAUAUGGGUGAUCGUUAUUAUCAAGAUUUUGUGAUAGUGGCGAUGAAAGGGAUUUUUAUUCACUUGGUGAAAAUCCAAAGUCUAUUCACAACCAUUGAUUUCAAAGGAGAAAUUCCAAAGGCAAUUGAAGAGCUUCAAUCACUUAAGGGGCUUAAUUUUUCACACAAUAAUCUUACAGGUCAUAUGCCGCCAUCGUUGGGAAAAUUAACCAAUCUUGAAUGGAUAGAUCUCUCCUCAAACAAGCUUAUAGGUGAAAUUCCUAUACAAUUGGCAGAUCUCACAUCACUGGCAGUUUUAAACCUAUCAAAAAACCAUCUUUUUGGACAAAUACCUCAAGGUAAACAGUUCAAUACCUUUACGAAUGAUUCUUACAAUGGGAACCUGGGGUUAUGUGGAUUUCCAAUGACAAAAUUUUGUGGCAAUGAUGAGGGACAACAAUUAUUGCCAUCAUCAACCACUCAAGAAGAUGAUUUCAAAUUUGAAAAUGGGUUUAAUUAG